GCCCUAGCGCUAAAGCCAGAGAAAGAGCGAGAUCCGAGCAGAGAUGGGUGAGAGGGUGACUGGGAAGGUGAAGUGGUUCAGUGACCAGAAGGGUUUCGGCUUCAUCACCCCGGAUGAUGGCGGCGAGGACCUCUUUGUCCACCAAUCUGCGAUCCGGUCCGAUGGGUUUCGCAGUCUUGGCGACGGAGAGUCUGUCGAGUUUCUGAUCGAGUCCGACUCCGAUGGCCGUACCAAGGCCGUCGACGUCACCGGCCCCUCCGAGUCUAAUGUUCAGGGGAGCCGACGCGGUGGAGGCGGUGCUGGGGGGAACAGAUCCUUCGGAGGCGGCCGAGGCGGUUCUUAUGGCGGUGGCUACGGGGCUGGUGGAGGUUAUGGUGGCAGUCGCGGUGGAAGAGGCGGGGGUGGUGGUGGUUAUGGCGGUGGAUUCGGCGGCGGUGGCGGCGGAGGGGGUUGUUAUAACUGCGGUGAGGUUGGUCACCUGGCCAGGGAUUGCUACCAGGGAGGCGGCGGCGGCGGAGGAGGAGGUAGGUACGGCGGCGGAGGCGGCGGAGGCUGCUACAACUGUGGGGAGUCUGGGCAUUUUGCCAGGGACUGCCCAACCGGCGCUCGCUGAGCCUGUUUUAUGCUUUCUAAUGUCUCUAUCCGAUCCUUUUGUGGUGCCGUGAUGGGUGGAUUUGCUUUGUGUUAUGCGGUUCGUUUUCUGCUAUAAUUUGGAACUUAUGUUUUGAGAAGGGUAGGGUUUUUGGGGCUGAAUCUAUUUAGUUGGGGCUUUAUUUUGAAGUUCAUAGGGUAAGCAGUUAGACUUGGGAUUUUGUGUUUCUGGCAUAGUGAAAUGGAGGGAUUAUGGUAAAGAUCAGAUGUGAGUAGAUGUAUACUCUCUGUUUCUAAGUGUUAAUACACAUGAUGAACAAAAUCUAUCCUGCCUUAUUCUUGUUAUCUUAUUAUAAACAUGAUCUCUUGGAUGUUCCGAUGGUA